GUGUCAGACACUCCAGAUGUGCAGAAACAGAACUGCCCCUGGCUUUUCAUCACACACAAGAAAUGUCAUAUGGGAAAUUUGAUGUCUGGUUUGGAGAAGUCAUGUGGAGAUGCUGUGUUGAAGUUUGAGCCUUUUGUGCUUCAUGUCCAAUGCAGACAGCUUGAAGAUGCACAGCUUCUGGUAGGAGUUAAAGAACCCUCCUGCUCUGUAGUUCUCAUUGAAAAUACCAGAAAAAAAUACCAGACUCUCCAGACUAGUUUACAAACAUAUUACAGUUGGCUCAGUAUAGCUUGCUUAUAUUGAAACUACUGUACGUUUUUAAUUCAUUCAUUCUUCUGUAUGAAGUGCUUUACUUAUGUGCUUGUGUAACAGAAGUUAUUUGUUUUAUUCUGUGUGAAUUCUCCAUGUGAUAUUUCUCUAAGCAGUCCGAAGUACCCAUGGCCUGGAGGUUUCACUGAGCCUCAAAGGACAGGUCCUGGUGAAGGAGGACUACAUCUACUUCCUAGUGGAAGUAGCCAAUCAGAAAAUGGAGGAAAAUGUCAAAUGAAUUGAGAGGUAAAUUGUCCAUUACCAACUACAGCAGCUAGCCACAUAUCAUUGUGUCUAAAAUGAUGAUCAAAGUUUAGUUCAUGACUUGAUUUACAAAAAGAGCUCAGAAUUGAUUGGAAUUGAUUGAUUGAUUGAUUCGCUAUAGCAAAAGUGUUUCAUGCAUCAACAGGUUCUACGAGUGGAUACAGUCUGCUUUGCAACCAGCUGAACCUCAAAGCCCAGGUAGACAGGAUGACGGAGGAGAAAACUGUUUACAAGCGACGGAGGAAAAGAGGACAGACAUAU